UUCGUGGGGCUACAAUCUUAAUUGCUUCCGAGAGUAAUGUUAUAGCCUCUAUAAAACCUUUUAAUGGGAAUAUUGAGUGGCGCCAAGUCCUUGAAGGUGAAAUUAUAUUGGCCUUCAAGGGUCAUAAUGGCAACGUGAUUUCUGUAUCCGAACGUGAUGGAUACAUUGUUCGGCUUUGGGAAAUUCAAACAGGAUUUAUGCUUUGGGAAAAAAAAAUCAGGCCUGCCGAAUUUAAUCGUAUAAAUUCGAGCAGUGGUGACGAAAAAGUAGAUGUUGUAUUUACGACAGACAACAUGAGUGUAGUCGUACUUGUCGGUGGACAUACCAUUGUAAACUUUAAUAAUAUUGAUGGUAGACAGAUCUGGAGAUCGGAUUUGGCAGAAAGUCCUACGCUUUUACAUAAACUCGUCGAACAUAAUCAAAAUAUUUACGCCAUUGGACUCAAAAAAUCCUUUAAGUCCUAUUCUAUUGAAGUGGUAACUUAUGAUAUUCAGACCGGGGUUUUAAAAUCGACAUCUCUUUCUUCAAAAAUUGGACACAUUAAAGAUAUGAUUGUGGUGGGUGGAGGAUUAAACAACGGAUUCAUUGUUUGGAAAGAGGGACAGUAUGUACGUGUUAAUCGUUUGGGUAGUGACACUAUCGAACAAUCAUCGCUAGAGUCACUUUACCGCAACGUCAUACCGUCAUUUGCUGGUGUUAUUGGAGACCUUGAAUUUGUUAAUCUCAACAUAAGUUCAAGGACAGAAUUUCUUAUUCAGGCGCCUACAGCAAAUGGCAAUUCCGCUGCUGUGUUCAAGAUAGACUUGGAAAGUGGUCGGCUAACGGCGCUCUAUGAUUUAGGACAUAGGAAUAGUACUUCGAUUUAUUCUGGUGCUCUUGAUAAAAGCGAACAAUUAAUUAUAUCUAGAAUUAGAAUAUUAUCCAAGGACCUUGUUAAAGUUGAAAUUGUUGCACCCGCUGAUCGCUUAGCAUUAGGGAGUUAUGAAAUUUCUUAUUCUAUGGCUGCUUCUGGAGGCAUAACGAAAGUGGAAUUUCUCGAUUUACCAGAGAAAAAAUUAUGGACUCAAGAAGUUGAUGAGCUUGACGAACAAUCAGAAGAAUCAGAAACUAUAUCACCUCUCGCCAGAUACGUUCGACGAUUGAUAAAUCAUAUUGAGCAACUUAAGGAUUUUCCAGACUACCUACUUACUUAUGUUCAGCGAUUUGCUACUGGCAAUUAUUCAGUUGAUCCAUCACCAACGUCUAAGGCAAAGACGAGCUUAUACAGAGAUACUUUUGGGUUCCGUAAGCUGCUAAUUUUUAUGACUCGAACAAAAUUAGUGGCUUUAGAUACUAGUAACAAAGGACAAAUAGUUUGGUCUCGGUAUUUUGGUGGCAUAAUAUCCGAAUUUCAGAAAAUAUUUGUCGUUAGAUCAUCUACUGUCAAGUAUCCACCUGUUAUCGUCGCGAUAGGGAAAGGCAAUAUAACCUGUCUUUUCAGAUUAAAUGCGCUUACUGGGGAAGAUUUUGUUACUGAUCAUGAAAUAGUCGCACUUACAGAGGAUAAUGUCCCUUUUAGUAUCCCCACAACCGCUCAUCGAAUUUUUAAAUUGCCAGUAGAAGAACCUGACGAAAGAACGCACAUAAUUGCGUUACUAGAUGAAGAUUUAAAGGCAAGCUCGUUAAAAGCUUUCCAAAAGUUCGCAGCAUCAUUCUAUUUUACACUAUCCGAAGGUAUUGGUGGUAAAAGUUUAAAUGGAUAUAACGUUGUCGUUGACAAAAUUUCACAGCCUUUCAGUAUUAAUAGACUUUGGAAAUUCAGCUUUCCAGAGGGAAAUACUAUAGUGGCAAUUGGACAUAAGCCUAAUCAUGAGAAAGUUGCUUCACUUGGCAGAGUUCUCGGUGAUCGCUCAGUUCUAUAUAAAUACCUUAAUCCAAACAUCGUCGCCGUUGCCACGUUGUCUCCUUCAUCGUCUCUCGACUUUUACCUGAUUGAUAUUAUUAAGGGGUCUAUACUAUAUCAUGCUGCACAUGAGAAUGUUAGCCCUUCACAUUCUGUACAGAUUAUCCAAGUUGAAAAUACAAUUGUGUACCAUUUUUGGAGCGAGGGAAUGGAGAAAGGAUACAAUGUUGUUGUAUGUGAUUUAUACGAAAGUGAAAAGCCGGAUGAAAGAUUUGAUAAUUCCAAUUUUACUUCGUUCUCGAAUGAACGUCCGCAUGUAAAUGCACAAGCAUUCAUGUUCCCCUAUGGUAUCAGGACUAUUGGUGUUACAACAACUAAGAAUGGCAUUCCAGUACGAGAAUUUUUAUUUGCGCUGGAUACAGAUCAAGUCUUUGGUUUAUCUAAAAGAUUUCUUGAUCCGCGAAGACCACAACGCGCUUUAACGAAUGAAGACAAGGAAGAAAUGCUGAUACCAUAUGAACCAGCAAUUCCCGACAAUAAGAAGUUUAUUUUAAGUUAUAAUUUACCGAUUUAUGGAAUUCGCCAUAUUGCAACAUCACCUGCUCUUUUAGAAUCAACUUCACUUGUGCUUGCAUAUGGUUUAGAUUUGUGGUUUACGCGAGAAGCACCUUCCAAAACUUUUGAUGUUCUAAGUGAAGACUUUAGCAAGGGAACAUUAUUAGCAACCAUUUUGGGGUUGGUUAUAGGAAUUCUUAUCACAAAACCACCG